AUUAAGUUUAAAGAUGGGUAAAAUAAUUUUAGAGUAUUUUGAUGGAAAUCGAAUUUAUGUCUGCUCAAAAUGCCAUAUACAUAUUUCAAAUUACAAGAGUAGAAUAUCGAAGGUAAGAAUAAGAAGAUGAUUUUAGAAUUUUAGGGGCGGAUUUGGACAAGCAUUUUUGUUUGAGAAAGGGUACUUAAUUAAAAAUAAUAAGUAUCAAUUAUCAUGUUGGGCAAUCUGAAGUUAAGGAUUUGAUGACUGGAAAGCACACAGUAUAAGAUGUGAUUUGUAAUGGUUGUAAUAAAGUGAUUGGAUGGAAAUAUGUAUUAAGGAUUGUGUUGAUUCUUCAAUUAGAUUAAAGCAUAUCGAGAGUCGGAGAAAUACAAAGAGGGGAAGAUAAUAAUAGAAAGACGUUUCAUAAGAAGAAUAAAAUGGAACUGAUAUUAUAAUGUAUAUUAUUAUUGCAUGCAGAAAUACCUUAAGUAUAUGCGAAUUGGUGAUAAAUAAAAUCAUGAUAAACAGUUGAAUAAUUUAUAUAUAUUAAAAAUUACGUUAAAGGGGAUGUUUCAGAAAAUGUUAAAUCAGCAAAUGAAGAAAUAAGUAGGGUCAGUUAAUCAAUAAAAGUAGGAAGAUGUGAAUCGAAGAGUUGUAACAGAGAUUGAGGAGAUGGAUCACGAGAUGAAAACCUUGCAAGACAUCUCAAAUCUAAAAGCUCAUUUGAAGAUGAAUCAGAUUGUGAAAUAACCCUUCAGGAAAAAUAAAGACGAGCCUAUUACAUCCUUUUAAGUUGCAAAAUUUGAGAAUCAACUAAAAUAAAUACAACAAUAGACUAUCAAAUAGUAGAUACGCAAACCACUCUCGAUUGAAAAGAACAGCGCUAAAUCAGUGUUGAUGCCAACAUCCACUGAGAGACAUGAUUAUUCCAAUUUCACAUAUACAAAUCUGAAAGUUGUUGGAAGCGGAUCCUUUGGUGUUGUACACAAAGUAAAUAAUUAAUAAAUAAAAGGCGAAAGUAAAUGAGACAGGGGAAAUUGUGGCAAUAAAAAAGGUGUUAUAGGAUCGAAGAUAUAAAAAUAGGGAGUUGCAGAUAUUGUAAGAAUUAGAUCAUGUCAAUGUUCUCAAGAUGAAACAUGCAUUCUACACUCCUGCUGAAAAUAAAGAUGAAAGCUACCUUAAUGUAGUAAUGGAGUACUUUUCUGAUACUCUUUACUCCUUCAACAAAUCAUUUAUCAAGGAUUUAAAAAAGAUGCCAGAUAUUCUAGUCAAGUUAUUUAGUUACUAAUUGUUAAGAUCGACUGCGUACAUCCAUUUAUAUUCUUAGAUAUAUUUCAUUAUUGGGAAUAUGUCAUCGAGAUAUCAAACCACAUAAUGUUUUAGUUAACCCAGAAUCAAAUAAAUUAUAGUUAUGCGAUUUUGGAAGUGCAAAAAAGUUAAUGAAAGGAGAACCUAAUAUAGCUUAUAUUUGUUCUCGAUGCUAUAGAGCUCCUGAAUUGAUUUUCGGAGCAACAGAUUACGACACUUAGAUUGAUGUUUGGUCUGUAGGUUGUGUUAUAGCAGAAUUAAUUAAUGGAGAACCACUAUUUUUGGGAGACUCAGCUGUUGAUUAAAUGGUUGAGAUUGUAAAGGUACUUGGAACUCCCACAAAAGAAUAAAUACUAAGUAUGAAUAAGGAUUAUGAUGUAUAAUCUAAUUAGUUUGCUAAAAUCAAAUAAAGAAAUUGGAAUAAAGUAUAGAAAUAAUUUGUAUUCAGGUCCUAAAAACAAAAGAUACCAAGGCCAUCGAUUUAGUUUCAAAAUUACUCACUUUUUGUCCAAAAACUAGACUUACACCAUUUUAGUCAUUAGCUCAUCCUUAUUUUGAUGAACUGAGAGAUAUUGGUUAGUUAAAAAACCUUUAAAACUAGAUGAAGAUUUGUAUUCCAGAGCUUUUCAACUUCUCUAAUGGUACUUAUUGUGAUAAUGCUCUUUAGAAGAGAUGUGUAGAAUGACGUAAUAGGAAAUGAUUCAAUUAAUACCUGAUUGGUAUGGAAUUUCAUCUAAAAUAGUCAAAACAGAAUGUUGA